AUGGCAGAUGAGACCACGACGGAGCUCAGUAAAGCGGAGCUACGCGAUGCAGCACGCCCCAACAGGUGCAGAAUGUACGCUACCAUGGAUCAAGAGAUGGUGCUUAAGCAUCGUAAAAGCACGGCCGAAGCCUGCGCUGAAGCUGAGGCUGUCGCCCACGCCUUGCUCGAGCAACCUGAGCUUCCGCUGCUGCAUAGAGCGCGUGCGUACAUGGUCUUGGGGUGCGCUGCGUCUGGCUAUCUCGAGAACGCGUGUGAAGCUGUUCGGGUGGUGGAGAUGGGAAUCGGACUGGGCGGUGCCGGGCAAGCUGAAUACGAGUUACUUGAGCAAUGUAAGGAGGUCUUACCUAAUGCUGAGAGAGAUUGUGGAGUGUACGGCGAUCAAGCCGAUGAGGUGGAGGAUGGUGAAGGAGACGUCGAGGUCGCUGAGGCUUUGACCACAUCUCCUGGUGCGGCAGAGCAGCCCGAACAGGUAGAGGAGCAAGAACGUCCACCUACCAGACCAUAG